CCAUCCCAGUAUCCAAAGCACCACCUCGUCACCGCAAAGCAAGCGUCGUUCUAAUCUUCCGUUCGUUUCAUGCUGAGGUCGUUGUACAGUUUUUCUCUCACUUGAAACCAAAAAAAUAAUAAUGUGCACCCCGCAAGAAUACCCCCACCGCCGCUUCGUGGUCCUCGGCGCCGGCGUCAUCGGCCUCACCACCGCGCUGACCCUGAGGGCCGAGUACCCGGCGAGCAGCAUCGCCGUCCUGGCGGAGCACUUCCCCGGCGACUACCACAUCGACUACUGCUCCCCCUGGGCCGGGGGCAACUGGUGCUCCUCCGCCAACGACAACGGCCUCCUCGAGUCGUUUGACCGCGUCGCCUUCGACCGGUUCCGGGAGAUCGCCGAGACGACCCCCGAGGCCGGCAUCAAGCGCUCGCCGCUGAGGAUGAUUUUUGAUCAACGGAUCGAGGACGCCGAGAUCCUCAGCAAGGGGACGGGGAAGCUUUGGUACGAAGACUUGGUCGGGGGCACGGUGCCGUUGAAGAAGGACGAGCUGCCGGACAAGGCCGUCUUCGGGCUCGACGUGCCGUCUACCUUUGUGAUUAACACGCAAAUCUACCUGCAGUGGCUCCUCGAGCAAUGUAGAAACGGCAAGAUCGAUCUUGUGCGCCGCCGGAUCGAACACAUCGAAGAGGCCCGCCUCACGCCCGACGUGGCCGUCGUCUUCAACUGCACCGGGCUAGGCUCCUACUCCCUCGGCGGCGUCGAAGACAAGUCCAUGUACCCGACCCGGGGCCAGACCAUCCUCGUCGAGCAGCCCAUACGGCCCCUCGAGAGGAUGUACUUCCGCUCGCCGCGCCGCGUCGACAACGACACCACGUACGUCUUCCAGAGGCCGCUCGCCGGGGGCGUCGUGCUCGGCGGCUGCCGUCAGGACGGGAACUGGGACGGGGAGGUCGACCCGGCGCUGGCCAAGACCAUCCUCGAGAGGUGCUGCGCCCUGGCCCCCGAGCUGGGCCGCCCAGAGGAUCUGAAGAUCAUCAAGCACGGCGUCGGGCUGAGGCCGAACCGCAAGGGUGGUCCGAGGAUCGAGGCCGAAAAGAGCGAUGCGGGCUUGGUGGUUCACAACUAUGGAGCAUCCGGAGCAGGAUACCAGGCGUCGUGGGGGAUGGCGGCACACGCCGUUGGACUCGCAAAGGCAGAAAUUGGUCCAGGACAGCUGCCGGCAAAACUCUAGUUCAACAGCCAGAUGAACAUAUGCCUCUAGGCUUGUCCUAUGCUGCAUCGACGUCAUACAGAAGAGUAUUUUGCUGUUUUAUACAAUCACUGCAAAUUCUUCCUUGUUCCUUCAGGUCCACUAAACAAUGAUUUAAAGUAGGUCAUGCAUGUAUAUUAUGGUAAGAAAAUUCGACAUAUUAAAGAAUCCAGCCAGAGUUAACCCUCCAUCCGAUGCCCUGCU